AGAGCCCAAGAGCAGACAAAGAGAGAUAUACCUGUGGAAGAUGCAUCAAAUCACAAAGAAGUCGGCCAAGAAGAGAUUAAUGGUAGCUUGAGUAGCCCCGAGAGACCAACACCCUCUAGAUCGAGCACACAAGCCAAUGUCGACAUUAGCCUUGUGCGAGAAAGAAACGACCUUCAAGUUCGUGUUUCACAUUUGCGAUGUCUACACGACUUCAUCCUGACAGAUUUGAGCCACCUCAUAGGUCUAAGAAUGAAGAUUCAGGACGGUUCGCUUGAUAAAAUCAGUUUUGAUGAGAUGUACUACCUUUACAGUCCUGGCGACCUCAUCAUCGACCGGGAAAGUGAUGUUGACGCACUGUAUCAGGUGUACGCCGUUACCGGUGGUCGGAUGCGAUUACUCAAAUAUGUGAACAACAAUGUUUAUCGCCCACCAGGGGAAGAGGAGGAGGCGGAUAAUUCACCCGAAGCUGGCAUAGGAACCUGGACAGACGUUGUCAUUGAUUGCUUCAGAUUAGGUUGGGACGGAAAGAAAAUCGGCCCUCGGCGCAUCACUCAUCGCGUGCCGCAUUACACGGGCGAGAAGAAGAUUACUGACCUCAACUACUACCCAGUCCGAUUCCGCAGAAACUCUGAAGAUAUCAUCAAGAAGCUCAAGCUUCGAGGAAGGGCCGCGCUCGAGUGCUAUGGUCACAAAAAAUAUGCUGCGCGGACGACCAAACACCCUAGUGUACGGGAGCCAUUGCCCCUUCGGAAGAGAAUGCGUUCGCCUCCGCCUCGGAUGUCAAGUGGCCGUGCAGAGAAUGCUCAAUUGAUGGGAACUGCCGAGAAGGAACUUGAGAGUGAUGUCUAUGUUGACAUUGAGACGUUCAACGAGGCAUUCCCAUUCUACGAAACAGACUUUGAUCAUCUGGGGCGUGUUCGUCCCAGCUUGAGAGAAGUGACAGAAAGCACCCCGGGCGGUCGAGAUCGAGAAUAUCAUAUCGGUGAUCAUGAUGUCGACGAGGCCCGCUCAGAUGGCUUUUUGUCAUCUCACUUUCAUCUCACACAUGCCAAACGGCCAGAGGAGCUGGCAGAUAUGGAAGACUAUCUUAUGCUAUUGCCUCACUGUGUUCCGGCUUUCGAUUUUCGUCAGCGCGAAUGGUAUUGGCUCGAUGUCGAAAAGUUGGAGGAAAUUGAUAAGAGUGAAGAUGCCAGGAGGCGUGGCUGGGAGGAUCUGGUGAUAGAGGACGGUUACAGCCAGCUGCUCCUGUCACUUGUCGAUAACCAUACCUCAGCGUUCGAGCAUAAGAAAGCGAAGAACUCAACCACGCAGAGUUCGCAGAUCGAUUUGAUCAAGGGCAAAGGCCGUGGCCUCAUUCUUUUGCUCCACGGACCCCCGGGGACCGGCAAAACCUCGACCGCUGAGACCAUAGCUGCAUACACGGGGAAACCACUCUAUGCUGUGACCUGUGGAGAUAUUGGUGUCACGGCGAGGGAGGUUGAAGAUAACCUGAGAGAGCACACAGAGCGGGCUGAGAAAUGGGGCUGCGUCUUGCUCCUUGACGAAGCAGACGUGUUCCUGGCGAAAAGAACUUGGACUGACAUGAAUCGGAAUGCAGUAGUCUCUGUGUUUCUGAGGCACUUGGAGUACUACAGCGGCAUAUUGUUUUUGACGACGAACAUUGUGGGGAUCAUCGAUGAAGCCUUCAAAUCGCGCAUCCACGUCGCGCUCCGCUACGACAUGAUAGACCAGAGCUCAACAGAAAGGAUAUGGAACAACAUCCUGGACCGUAUCAUCAAAGAUAACGAGACUUCCGAUGUCAAGAUCAAAUUUGACCGAGACCUGCUUCUCGAGUUUGCACUGUCCCACUACGAAAAGCACGAAGAAGAAGAGACAACCUGGAAUGCCCGCCAAAUCCGCAACGCUUUCUCCACUGCCAUAGCUAUGGGGCAGUUUGACAGGUUCGAGCGCAUUCGAAAAGAAGGUCUGUCGCCGGACCAGGCCGCCGCGUCGGGCACGAAGAGUCUCAUGACCAUCAGACUGACGAAACGAAACUUUGCCAAGAUAGCAGAGACAGCCACUGACUUUGAGAGAUAUAUCAAUGCCGUCCGCGGCCCCGAUGCCGAUAAUGCGCUUGCUAGCCAGCAGCGAGACGACUACUUUGCAAGACAACUGGCACCCCCGAGGAGGAAAAAUCGCAGAGGCUCGGCCGACUUCGGGCAGGGGCCCAGGCGCCGGGGAUAUCUUACGCCUCAAUCUUCCAAGCCCGUAAAAGGCAAGAAGGUCGCCGAGAGGUCUGUCAGUCCGGAUGAUGAUCAGGAGAACAGUGAACAGAAAACAACGCGUGCGAAUAAACCAAGGAUAAGGAGGGAAGAGUUUUCCGAGGAUGACGAGGAUGGUAUAUCCGAUGAGUGAACCGUUCAUGUUAGUACAAAGUCGCUAGUGAAGAAAUAUGUGUGCUACCGCACAGCACGCAAAUCGGUCUAUAAAUAUGUUAAUUCCC